AUCAUUAAUAAUAGCAUCAUCAUCAUCAUCAUCUUCGUCUACUUGUCGUUCGUGGAAGUACGAUGUAUUUCUUAGUUUUAGAGGUGAAGAUACUCGCAAGACUUUCGUAGAUCAUCUCUAUUGUGCUCUUGAACACCGAGCUAUCCGCGCUUACAAGGACGAUGUCACUCUUGAUCGGGGUGAAACCAUCGGCCCCACCAUGUUGAGCGCUAUCCGUGAAUCACAUAUUGCUCUCAUUAUAUUCUCUGAAAACUAUGCCGAUUCUUCAUGGUGUUUGGAUGAACUUUCAUAUAUUAUGAAAUGCAAGGAAUAUACCGGCCAAAUCAUAAUUCCUGUAUUUUAUAACGUGGAUCCCUCAGAUGUGAGAAAACAGACAGGGCAAUUUGGCAAAGCAUUUGCCAAACACGAGUUGUCUAAAAACAACAAGAACAAAGUUGAAUCAUGGAAAAAAGCACUUGUUGAUGCAAGUAAUAUUGCAGGAUGGGAACCCAAGCUCGUAGCCAAUGGGUAUGAAGCAAGAUGUAUCCAAGAGAUUGUCGUUUCCAUAUUAGAUAAAUUCCCAAACGCAGAUUCAGUUGUUGAUGAUGAAAACCUCGUUGGAAUGGGAACUCGAUUGCAAAAGUUGAGAUCCGAUUUAAGAGUUGGAUCAGGUGGUGUGCGAAUGGUUGGGAUAUGGGGGGUUGGGGGUGGCGGUAAGACCACUCUUGCAUUUUCUGCUUAUAUGAAACUACGUGUGCAAUUUCAUGGUCACUGCUUUAUAGCCAAUAUUAGGGAAAAAAUUACAUCAAAUGGCUUAGAAAAAUUACAAGAAACAAUUCUCUCAGAGGUUUUAAAAACAAAAGUGUCAGUGACGAGUGUUCAAGAAGGAAGAUGCAAGAUUCAAAGUAUGUUAUGUCGUAGGAAUGUGUUAAUUGUUCUUGAUGACGUCGAUCAUCUUGAACAACUAAAGGCUUUAGCUGGAUGUCAUGAAUGGUUUGGUGAUGGAAGUAGAAUAUUAAUAACAACUAGGGAUUUACAUUUGCUAAUAACUCAUAGGGUAGAUGUGGUCUCUGAUAUUAGUUUAUUAUCACAUGAUGAAGCUCUUAGACUCUUUAAUAGGCGUGCUUAUAAUGAGAAUAAACUCGUAGAAGAUUAUAAGAUGCUUUCACAACGUGUGGUGCAUUAUGCUGCUGGGCUCCCCUUAGCCCUGAUUGUUUUGGGUUCUUUUUUGUAUGACAAAGACAAGGAUGAGUGGCUUAGUACCUUGGAUAGACUAAAAUAUAUUCCAGAAACGGACAUUGUGGAAAAGCUCAAAAUCAGCUAUGAUGGACUUAAUCUUGUGGAGAAAGAGUUAUUCUUAGAUAUUGCUUGUUUUUUCAGGAGAGAGAGGAAAUAUGAAGCAAUGGAGAUACUUGAUGCUUGUGGUUUUCACCCUGCUAUAGGGGUAAAUGUGCUAAUACAAAAGGCUCUCAUUACUGUUUCAGAAUAUGGUGAGUUUGAUAUGCAUGAUCUAGUACAAGAAAUGGGCCACUACAUAGUUAGAGGGGAACAUCCUUACAAUCCUGAAAAACAUAGCAGGGUUUGGCGAGAAGAAGAUAUUGAAGAAAUAUGUUCAAGAAAUGCAACAAUGGAAAAUGGUAAUAUUGAAGCCAUACAAUUUGAUGCUGAUGUUCGCUCAUCCAAUUUCAUUAUACUUGUUUCAAACAUGAAGAAACUAAGAUUUCUUAAAGUGACUACUACUUCAUUUGAUAAAGAGCCAAAUUUUUAUCUUUCAAAUGAGUUGAGGUAUAUAGAUUGGGAAGGUUAUCCUGCAAGUCUAUUCCAUGAAAGUUUUCAACCAAGGAAGCUUGUUGUUUUAAAAAUCGAAAGAAGCUUGCAAAAAGAACUUUGGAUGGGCUACAAGUAUCUACCAUGUUUGAAAGAAAUGAAACUCUCUUACAUGAAAGCACUAGUCAGGACACCUGAUUUUGGAGGACUUCCGUGUCUGCAGAAGUUGGUACUCGAGAGAUGUGAAAGUUUAGAAGAGAUUCAUCAAUCAUUUGGAAAUCAUGCAAGUCUUGUUGAUGUAUUUGUAAAUAUUUGUGACAAGCUUACAAGGUUUCCGACCAUUGUUAAGAUGGAAAAACUAGAGAUUCUUACAAUUUCAGAAUGCAAAGCACUUAUUGAGUUUCCAGAGAUUGAAGCAAGUAUGGAUAGCUUGAUAGAGUUAUAUUUGAGUGAAGUUGGGAUAAAAGUCCUACCCUCAACAAUCGGAGAAUGUUGUACCAACCUUAGUGUGCUGAGUUUGGAAGAUUGUUCCGAAUUGAAAAGCAUAGACGGCAACUUACAUGCCUUAAAAGGUCUGAAGAAUUUUGAAUUAAAAUGUUGCCAACAGUUUGAAAAGUUGCCAAAAGAUCUAUUUAAUGAAAAUUUGGAUGAGCUUCGUUUAUUGUUGGAUAGACAUAGUAUAAAACAACUUAUUCCUUCUUCCGUGCCACAUUCCUUAACAAAGUUGGGUCUCAACUGGUGUAAGCUAGAAGAUGGAGAUAUACCCAAUGAGAUUGGUGAGUUAUCCAACUUACGAGAGCUAGAUCUGUUGCAUAAUGAUUUUACACGAUUAGAUUUCAGCCUCUUGCGACUUAUUCGCCUCAAACUUCUCGAUCUGAGUUUGUGUGAAAAUCUUGUUGAAUUGCCUGAGCUCCCAUCAAGUCUAGCUAUUCUCAAGGCAGACUUUUGCGAAUCACUUAAAGUCAUCAAAGAUGAUGUUCAUAGAAGAUGUAAAUGGUUAUGUGAAGUAUCAAUACAGGGAUGGAGAAAGAAUACAAGUGGUGGGGAGAGAUUACUACAUUCUAUGCUUCAGGGAAAGGGAGUUAAAAGUGGGUGUAUGAUCCUUCAGCUAAAAGGACUAGAGAUUCCGAGGGGGUUUGAACCCCGUGUGGUAAGAGGGAGGAGAUGCAGAAUGCAAGUUCCAGAGAAUUGGUACACUCAAUUUUCUGGUAUCUUACUCUGCAUAGUUCUCAAUAAUGACGGCGAUUACUUUGAUUUAACAAAGAUAACUACUCGUAUGAAGCAUGAGAAGCUAACAGGUGAUUCGAUAAGAAUGCAAGAUUCUCAAGAAGACAUGUAUUGGGAGGAGACUGUUAAUAAUAGAAAUACGUGUAUGAUGUAUAUUUCAUUUGGUUCAUUGAGAAACACUUUAUGGUGGGAUCAAACAUCCACUGCCUUUCAGCUAAAAAUUGACUCACUUGAUGAUAAAUAUAGGGUUAAUGGGUGUGGGUCUAAACUCAUUCCCAAGACAAGUGUAACAACUACCACGGAUUCCUCCUUUGACGGUGUUUCUGAUGAUUAUACAUGUCGAUUGAAGAUCCUACAUGAUUCCAAGUCUGCUUUCAAAUUCUCUAUUGAUAGAUAACAAUUGUACUAAUUAGAGAUGAUGUAACCUUUUUAUCUAUUUUGUAUUGAUAUGAUGUUUAGGCAAGAUGAAAUUUUAC